UCCUUGAUUAUUACGAUGACGAGAGAGAUCGAUUACAGUCGAGCUGCUGCUUGUGCCAUAUCGUUGUGUUUGUGCGAGUCGAAGUGAAAAACAGAUGGCGACAGCUUCGUCUUCGAUGGCGGCGUCAAGAGGCGGAGGAAGAGCCGCAAGCAGCAGAGAAGGCUCAGCCAAAGCGAUGGUGGCCGAUCAAAUCUCUCAGGCCGUUCAAUCCACCUCCAAUCUCCUCCACCUCAUGCAACAAUCUUCUUCUUCUCAGGCCCAGUUAAUGAAACUUCCAAAGAACCUUUUGGCUAAAAUCCCUACUAUCAAGAACACUGAGCAGAUUUUACAGCAGAUGCCUCAGGUAAUAUCAUCAUUGGAUGCACAUAUGGACAAUGCAUCGCAAAGUGUCCCUCAUCUGGAAACUGUAAUCCAGCUACUUGAAUAUAUUGAAAGCUGCCAGCUUAAAUCUUUGUCUAAAGGUUCAUUGUCUCAAGAGGAGCCAAAACGGGCUGAUCAGCUGUCGGAGGCAGUGUAAAGGAAACAACCAACGCAGUCACUGUAAACCAGUAUAGGCAGAGUCUGGAAAUAGCUGGUUGAGAGUAUGUAUAUCGAGGGGCUUGAGGUUGGUCUUACAUCAUGUAAUGCAUAGAUGGAAAGGAUAGGCAUCAAGUCGUAUGGUGUUGCUGGCUGGUGAGUUACAUCUAUUUAUUAGAAUCUAACAAGAAAAACUGUCCAGUCUUGGUUGUUUAAAGAUUUUUCAGACACAUUCAAUUGUUAGGUCUUGAUGGUACUCCCAACUGUUCUAUUGAAUUAGAAGGAUGUCCUUAUCAGCUUUAGGCCUUAGCAUCUAUUUUCGCUUACGGAAUACAGAUAAUUGGAGUCUUCAAAAUGCAGAUGCACUGCUGCCGGAAUGCCUAGAUUUCUCUAAAGACGUGACUUCUGCCAAAACCAUGCCGUGCAUGAGGCCGCAACCUUCCUUGAUCUUCUUUGCUUGCUUUGAAUUUUGAUGGUUGGCUAAUGUAACUGGACUUCAUUCAUUCAUGUAUUCUUGCUGUUUUGCUUGUUAGAUA